AUGUUUAGUCUUCCCAGCGACGGUGGUCUCCGAGAAGUUUGUCGCAGAAUACGGGACGGGGGACUUGACCAAAGGGUGUGCAUCGAAAGUUACGCCGUUGACCCCGAGGACGUUCCGACGCUAUGUUCUUGUCAGGCAGUGACAUCCGUCAUGGUCAGUUCCUUUCACUUCGUAGAUGUGGCUGCUCUCGGCAACGCAUUUAACGUCAUCGCUACGUGUGACCACGUCACGUCACUUCGCGUGUUUCUUGAUUUCUUCGACAACGACGCUUUCGCAUCGUUAGCUGCGUACAUUAGUGGAGCAACCUCCCUCAGGGCAAUCAAGCUCGUUAUCGAAAUUUAUGGCUCUGACGAUGAAGGGGACGAAAUACUUCAUGAGGACGACGAGUCUCUACGUCAGUCUAUAUCUAACUUGUGCGAAGCAUUGUCUUCAAAUGACAGCCUCACCAAUAUCUAUCUGGACUCGACGAUCGAACUGCGCGACCAAGAUUGUCGAGUGUUCGCCGACGCCGCUUUGAACAACCGACAGCUUUAUGAACUGAUUCUCGCAGCCGUCAAAAACACUUCUGUCGCAGUAUUUCUGGGGCGUCUUCUGCCGCGAUUAGGCGAGAACUACAACCUACUUCGCCUGGAAAUCCCCGCCUGCUUGCAGCCAAACGACGACAUGUGUGCAGCCCAGGAUGUCGUGCGACGUAACUGCGACCUCAUCAAUCGAGCGACCAGGUUCGUGAUGGGAGACCACGGCUCAGAGUGCGCACGCCCCUUCGAGCUCCUCUCGGGUCACCCCGCGCUAGUCGAGAAUGUCCUGCGCAAGGCGACCUGGACGAAAACGGACGAAGCCGUUGCCAUGACCAGGAACGCCCGCCAAGUUCUGCGCAACGCUGACUUGCACAUGUACAUGAGGCUGACGGGUGUUGUCAAGGAACGGGUCGAGUGCGAGGUCCAGGAAGACGGUGGAGCACAGUUGGACCAGCUGAACCACUACUGCUGGCUGGAAAUUGCCCGGUACCUGAAGUUAGCGGACAUCGUGGAACCGCAAAACAUUUUGACGAGGUCGUCAACUCUGUGAUACACUUCUGGAUAAUCGCUCCCAAGAGAUUAUCCAAUAAAUAUAUAGUGGACAUUCGCAAAAAAAGUGGACAUUCGCAAAACUAUUACUCGGUAACUACGGGAACCCCGUGUAUUUCAAUGCGCGGAAGAAUUCUAGCGAACGGCAAAGACGCCCUGGUGCCAGUUUCUGCACCGAGCAAAGACUCUUGCUGUUCGUGUGCUACAUUUGCCUUCAGGCCAGCGCACGUGAAGCCACCGCUGGAUAGUUAAGAGGAAGCUUUGCAUAUGGACAAAGUCUGCACCCUGUUCAAAUAUAUUGACGCGCGAAUUUCGUUUGUAUUUUACCAUCGACCACUGAAAUAAUGGCUAACAAAUUUUAAACGUCGUCGCUCGGCGGAAGACGCGCUUGCAUGUAUCGGAACAUUCUCGAUUAUUGUAGGCCGAUUCCGUCUGUUGCCUUUGUUGUCGCUGAACCUUGCGUAAUCUGUCUGUAUGCGCGACGCGAGUCGUGUUGUACUUUCUGAAAGGUAUGAGAGAACCAGUGGUUACGCUGGAACCUUCGACGUUUCAUGUAUAAGAGCCGACGCACUUCGCCCAC